AUGAACGACCCUGGGCUCGACGAACCCAUCUCGGACGCGUCCGCUGACUCGCCCAAAACGCUGGAGGAUACCUACGACAAGAUGUCAGAAGAAGAACAAGAGAGAAACUUCCUCAUGCCAGCGCGAUGGUGGUACGCGAGUACGGGCAUCCCGCUUAUCGCAGGUACUUUCGGACCGAUGGCAAAUGCAUUCAGUAUCUGUGCGUUGGUGGAGAACUGGAGGGUCAAGAUCCCGCCUGGAGGCACAGAAGAGCAUGGCAUUGACAUCAAGGAUCCACGUUGGCUCAUCGCCGUCAAUGCCGUCUCCCUUACCAUGGCACUUGUUGCCAAUGCGGCACUUCUGCUAAACAUGGGCCGACGCGUACCAUUUCGAGUGGCCCAACCGAUCACGAUUCUUGGCUUUUGGAUUGCCUCCGUCUUGUUGAUCGGCUUGAUCACCUACGCUUCAAGCUCCGGAUCCUUCCACAAAGGCGUGAAAGCUCAAGCCUUGACGCAAGCGUACUACUACGCCAUCUUUGCCGCCGGCCUUUACCAGAUCAUAUCUUACUUGAUGUGUGUGACUGUGUACGGCGCUUACAAGGGACACUACUCGAAAGAGUUCAAAUUGACGGUGGCACAGAGGACAUUGAUGUUGCAGACAAUCGCUUUCUUGGUCUACUUAUUGCUUGGGGCGUUGACCUAUUCGCAUAUUGAGGGUUGGAAGUUCUUGGAUGCGGUGUACUGGGCGGAUUUCACGAGUUUGACCAUUGGAAUUGGCGGCGAAUACACGCCGAGCACGCAUUUGGGCAGAGGCUUGUUGUUUCCUUUCGCGAUGGGCGGGAUUAUCAUCCUGGGUUUGGUGGUUGGGAGUAUCCGCAGUCUUAUUUUGGAGAGAGGGAAGAAGAAAAUAGCGGCCCGACUGACAGAAAAGACAAGGGUGCGACUGCUCAAUGAGAUCCAGAAGAUCAGCAAGAAAAAGCGCCUGUUGAGGAGAAAGGGUGCGAUGGGCUUGGAGCAGGAUACCACCAGAGCGUUGACGGUGGAUCCGGGCGAAGGCGAAAUGUCCGAGCUAGAGAGGAGACAGGCCGAGUUCGAAGCCAUGCGCAAAGUCCAGGCAUGGGCAGCCACCCAGCGAAAGUAUAUGAGUCUGGGAGUGUCGACGUUUGCGUUUGCAUUCCUGUGGACAAUUGGCGCUCUGGUCUUUGAACACGCCGAAAAGAACCAAGAAUGGAGCUAUUUCGAAUCGCUAUACUUCUCGUACACCACAUUGUUGACCAUUGGAUAUGGAGAUUUUCAGCCCAUGAGCAACAGCGGCAAACCAUUCUUCGUCUUCUGGUCAUUAUUGGCGGUUCCAACGCUGACGAUCCUGAUCUCCGACAUGGGAGAUACGGUCAUCAAAGCUGUGAAGGACGUCACAAUCUGGCUCGGUGAGAUCACUGUGCUACCUAGCGACGAAGACACCUUGAGCAACCGCCUCAAGCACGGCGUGUACAGAGCGACCCUCGGCCAACUGGAUCUCCGAAAGACGGCUGGAGAUAUAGAGAAAUCAGGUAACGACAGCGAAGAUGAGUCGGGAUUCCGUGAAAUGCAUCCUGGUUUGGCCCGGGUGUUCGGCAACAGUCGAAAGAAGCAAAGGCAGCCUGAAAAGGACCGAAAGACUGAAGACCGUCUGGCUGCCGAUUUUGAGGAGACCGAGAAGAAGGAUGAGGACGCCGCCAGGAGCAAAGGCGAGAAAUGGGAGCAGGACGAACAUCAUUACCGUCAUGUCUUGAUCUCACAGCUUCGCAGAGUGUACGCCGAUGCUCAGGCGGCAACACCCAAGAAGUACAGCUACGGGGAGUGGCAGUACUUCCUCAAACUGCUCGGAGAGAAUGAGGAUGACGCGACGUACCACAGGAAAGCGCCCACUCAUGCCGAAGAGGAAAGAGAAGCCCAUCAAGUCGAGGAGAACAAUAAUCAACCAGGUGGCCAACCGGGAGCCGACGAGCGAAGACGGGAUGAUAUGGGUAGGCAAGGAGGCGCCUAUACCGGUGGAAGAGGAGGCGACGACGAUGAUGUUCAGGUCACCAAGUGGAGCUGGAUAGGAGCACAGAGUCCACUAAUGGGCGACAAGGAGGAAGCCGAAUGGUUGCUGGAACGAUUCUUCCAGCGGCUGGAAGAAAGUCUGAGCUCGGAAGCGAAGACAAAACAAACGGAGAAAGGGAAGGAGUAUACCACGGGUCUGCACGAGACACAGCAGGAAGAGGAGCAAUCUAACAGCAGUGAAAGGACCAUGUCUCGAAGUUAA